AUGCAUGACCAAAGCAAUUACACUACAUUAUUCACAUCUUGCCGUACAUUGAAAUUACUCUUCCUUGAUUCCGCCGGCACCAGCAACCUCAGCCGCGUCGAUAGAAGCCUUGUCGGUCUUGACGUCGCUGGUGGCACCUUGCAAUGCCUGCAAGAAGCCUGGAGCAGCCUUGAAAGGUCUCUUCAAGUCGCCAGAAGCAGGCUUUCCAAACAAGUGGAUCUUGACAAUGUUGGUCUCCAAAGCAGACUUGACGGAGGACACAGACUGCAUCACCAAUGGGUUGGUGUACUUCAUGUACAAGUGCAUGAAGCCCAUCAUGGCCAAGGAGGUGAAAAUACCCUUGAUUUGCUGGUCAAUCUGCUUCAAGUCGUACUCCUUAACAGUGGUGACAACAGCCUUAGGCUCAGUCUGGCCAGACAUUGGGCUCGCAGGCUCAACGUACUUCAACGUGGUCAAGUCGUUCUUCUUGUUGAUUUGCAUCUUGACAUACAUGCAAACGCCAAACACAAUAAGCUGGCACGCAAUGUAGCCCACACGGACGUAAAGCAAGAUGUCUGGGUUCUCAAGGUCCAAGCGGCGGGACACUUGCAUCAUGACCAACAUGAGCCCCAAGUUAGUGACGGCUGGAUUCAUUUUGUCUGGAAGAAAAGGUGUAUGAGGUUUUUUACAUUUUUCGCCAGCGCUCGUUUUCCACCUCGAUAUCAACGCUAUCGCGACCGUUACCCGGCGCAGCACCUUCCACCAUGUUCCAUGAAAGAGCCACACCAGAAAUUUUCAAACAGAGAAAACAGCUUUGGGUAG